GCCAGACAUCCCAUCACACAGAGCGAAUAUGGCGGGCGCCUCCGACCCUCUGGAAGACAUGCUCUUCUCCGAGGUGGACGAAAAAGCCGUGAGCGAUCUAGUGGGCUCCCUGGAGUCUCAGCUGGUGGGCCAGAGCGCUGCGACCACUGCACAACCCGAAAACACUCACCCGGGCUGCGCAAACACACACCCGGGCAUCGCGAAGCAGCAGGCGGGAGGAAGAGCGCAGCUGCCAGCCAGCGUAGACAGUCCAUCAGAACCAACACAACAACAACAUCCACAGCUGCAGCAGCAGCAACAGCAGCACGGGCGUAAAGCUGCGGGCAACUCGGAUUCUGACCUGAAAGAAGCCAGUAAGGAUAAACAAACGAAAGCCCUGGAGAAGGAGAACACCAUGAGAUCACAUGGCAACAUCGUUAUCAUCACCACAGCAUCUGAUGGGGCACCGCCGGGAAACAAAGGUGAGAGCCAGAGGGACACCCGUAAGAAACACCCGGUCAAUACGCGCUCCCUGAGGGGCGCAGCAUCACCCAGUCUCAAUGGCAACGGAGGAGCCGCAGCAUCAGCAGCAGCAUCACCUACCACAUCCAACUCUCCUCCUGUUACCGUAUCCACCGCCGUGACCCUGCCGUCCCCGAACAGCACGACUUUCACCGUGUCUAGUAAGCCGCAGGCGAUCGCGCUGGACCGUGGAACGCCCACCAUCGCGCUGCAGCGACUCCCGCGUCACAUCAUCGCCAGCAUCGCGCAGAAAGGAAACGGCACCUCCGUGUCCGCUCUUGUCCAGCAGGCAGCUCGGAUAGGAGCGGAGGACGCGCAAGUAAACCACAGUAAGCCCGCAGACGGGAAACCAGCGGUGAAUUCGGUUUCCAGUCCCGCGCCGUCUUCGGUGACUUCUUCUCCUGUCAAACUCGCAGUCAGUGUCAGUGCAGCUCCGGUGAGCCCGGUGAUAAGACCCGUGCAGACGCAUACGCAGACGCGUCCCGCUACACCUGCGCAACAGAGGGUCGUCACGCCGCAGCUGAUUGUCAGACCACCACAACAACAAACUACUAUUCAGCUGCCACCUGGAUUCACCAUCCCACCAGGUAUGGUACUGGUGCGAACAGAGAUGGGUCAGCUGGUGAUGGUUCCUCAGCAAGCUUUGGCUCAAGCUCAGGCCCAGAACAGCAUUUCACCGCGGCCCUCCACUCCCACCACCGGUACCACCUUCAGGGUCACGACCCCACAGUCUCCUGUAAGCGCUCAGGCGAUUCGGCCUGCUCCAGCAGCACAAACUAAACCAGUCCAGUCCAGUUCUCCCAAUGCCGCAGCCCAGACCAGCGCCGCAACCGGCCCCAAUAAGUCCCCCGUGGCGGCCGCCGUGGCGAUGACAGCUCCCCAGCAGGUCCAGCCAGCGUUGGGGCCCCAGGGUCCCCUCACUCAGAUGCCACUGGCCCCGCAGAGUGCAGCCACUCCGGCCCCUGGAGCCCUGGUCAUCUCCCAGGAAAUGCAGGAGAAUGUGAAGAAAUGUAAGAACUUCCUAGCAACGCUGAUCAAGCUGGCAUCCCAUAAUUCCCCUUCGCCAGAGACAUCUCGAAACGUGAAAGCGCUGGUGCAGGAUUUACUGGAUGCAAAAAUUGACCCAGAGGAGUUUACCAGCCGGCUUCAAUCUGAGCUGAAAUCGUCUCCGCAGCCUUACCUGGUCCCUUUCCUGAAGAAAAGUCUGCCGGCAUUACGUUUGUCUCUACUGAGCAGUCAACAGUUUCUCACUCAACCUCUACAGCCAAACAAAACCAGCAUCUCACCAGUCCAGACUGGCAUCAGUGUACGGCCACAUCAACCCAACAGCACUACUGUACUGCCUCAAGGCAUUAAGAGGGCAGUGGGCCCUGGGGGUCAGAUACGUAUGCCCGUGGUCAUCACACAAACGGUGCGAGCGGCAGGUACUUUAGGAAAACCAGCAGCCAUCCAGACAUGCAAAAGCCCCAUGGGAGUCACAAUACAGCUCUCAGGAAAUCAGAAAAACAAGCUGAAUGACCCGGGGGGCAGCUCGUUCAGGGAUGAUGAUGACAUCAACGAUGUGGCGUCUAUGGCCGGGGUCAACCUCAACGAAGAGAGUGCUCGUAUCCUAGCAACCAACUCCGAGUUGGUGGGCACACAGAUCCGCUCCUGUAAAGAUGAGGCAUUCCUUCCUCCCGGCCUGUUACAUCGACGCAUACUAGAAACAGCCAAGAAGUUUGGAGUGACAGAAGUUCCACUGGACGCUGUAAACUUCAUUUCUCACGCCACCCAGUCCAGAUUACGAACUGUAGUGGAGAAAGUUUCGUCCAUCGCGCAGCACAGAAUGGACUCGUCUAAGGAGGACGAGUGGUUUGAACAGUCGUCUGAUGUUCGUACGCAGCUGAAGUUUUUUGAAUAUUUGGAACGGAUGGAGAAACAGAGGAAAGACGAACAAGAGCGAGAGAUUCUCCUCAGAGCAGCGAAGAGUCGCUCACGGCAGGAAGACCCAGAGCAGGCCCGUUUGAAGCAGAAAGCAAAAGAGAUGCAGCAACAGGAACUAGCCCAAAUGAGACAACGAGACGCCAACCUUACGGCACUCGCCGCCAUUGGUCCGAGGAGAAAACGCAAGGUGGACUCACCUGGAGCUACAACGUCAGGCACUGAGGUGUUGGGGAGUUCGGCAGUCUCUCCAUCUGGAACAUCCACCCCUCCCAGCUCAUCGCGGCAGUAUUCCCGCCAGAGAAUAACACGCAUCAACCUCAGGGACUUCAUCUUCUACAUGGAGCAGGAGAGAGAGACCAGCCGAUCUCUCUUACUGUACCGCGCUCUUCUCAAGUAGCUAACGCUAACCAAACUGUCAACACUAAACAGGAAACAGCAGCCAAACGAGCCGAGCAAACGACUUCCUCCUCAGCCCUGCGACGUGCCUUCAGCCUCAUUAUUCGUCUGUGUGUCUGUGACGUUUUGAUGUCAGAUAGUUACUUUUGGUAAAAAACGAAAAAAAAAGAAAGAAAAGAAACUAAGGUGUACUUCAUGUUUCUUCUGUUUUUCCUCACCAUUAUUCAUUGAUUACAUUAAUUGUAUUUAUGAUAGCUAAUUUUAAAGAUAUGUCAUCUCUGGCUUUGAGCCAAGGGACAGGUUUUGUUGGCGUACCUUUGUUUUUUGUGUGCGAAUGUAUCUCAGAUCUAUUUCUCAUUUUUGGAGACGCUGUAUAUUUUACACAGAGCGCUUACAUUGAACGAUCUUUAGGACAAAACGGCUUGAAGUGAGCAAUGUAUUAUUUUUAUAAUUGUUUUUAAAGGAAACGUUUACCCAAAAAUUUGUAUUAUUUCAUUUUCUCAUUCCCAUGUCGUUCCACACACCCACCUUUAACACCCAACCUUAACCUGUAUGCUGUUGGGGGCCUUGAAUAACAUAUUGUUGGAGUUGUUGCGUUGCGCAGACUGCGUAGUAUGCAUGUAGGGAGCGGCGGUACUGACUAUACUAUACUAAAUGUGCGAACCAAUGCCAUUUUGGCAUCAAUAACAUUUACACACCAUUUUUGAAUCCGAACGUGGAUACAAAGAUAUCGUAUGUCCUUAGAGGACUCGGUAUUUAGCGCUCAAGUUGUUUAUGUAUUAUUUAGAACUAAUGUAUGUACAUUUUUCUGUCACAAUUAACACAUUUACCUAUUUUCGUGUGAAUGUUGAACACUGGUUGGAAAUUAAAUGUAUGAAAAAUCAUCCUAGGCUUUGAAAAAUCAUGUGAUUUAUCUCAAUUCAAUAUUUUAAUCGCCUGAUAGCACUAGUAAAAACAACAGCAUACAGCGUUUCGAAGGACAUGAGAGUGAGUAAAUAAUACAAGAAUUUUAUGUGAACGUUUCCUUUCAAUAAUAGUUGGUCUUUAAACUUUAUGCAGAACACUUUUCCCAAAUGUAAUCAUCAGUGUACAACCAAUUCACAGUAUUUAAAAAAACCCAUACAAAAUUGAAUUUAUUGACUUAAAAAAAUUAUUUAAGUACUUUUCAAAAUCUUUAUUAGCAAGACUUAAAUGUAAAUAGUUUUUUUUUUAAGAAUUGUGUUUUUAACAGCAUGUAUCAAUGAUUUCCACAAGAAAUUGAGUUUUAAGAUCAUGUCAAUGAGGAAUGAAUUAUUCCUUAAAACCUGAGACCAUUUGAAUAUCACGAUGCUUCAAACUUUGAAUCGUGUUUUUGUGUACAUUUAAUACUGUAUGCAUCCAUGCGAAGCACUCAUCUUGUGUUUUCAAAUAAAACAGGCCAGCAUUAAUCUAAGAUAGAGCAAUACGACACCCAAACACAAUACAUGCCACUUUCAGUUUGAUGUUCCCGUGUCCGAACAUUAACGACUAAAUUAAAUGCCAUUCCAGAUCAGGAAAAUGUAUUAAGGAAAUGCAUAUGAUAAAUUGUGAUUUCAUGUUCACUUAAGGGAUAAUUCACCCAAAAAUGAAAAUUCUCUCAUCAUUUACUCACCCUCAUGCCAUCCCAGAUGUGUAUGACUUUAUUUCAUCUACUGAACACAAAUGAAGAUUUUUAAAAGAAUAUCUCAGCUCUGUAGGUCCUCACAAUACAAGUGAAUGGGUGCAAAAUGUUGUGUGUUAAGAUAGGUGUGGGUGAGAAACAGAUCACUUUCACAUUCUUGUGUUUUUGUUGAUAUACAUUAUUCAUGAAUAUCACCCCCCUACUGGGCAGGGAGAAGAAUUAAGCAAAAAAGGACUUAAAUAUCAAUCUAUUUCUUACCUCACCUAUCAUAUCACUUCUGAAGAUAUUGAUUAAAACACUGGAGGCAUGUGAAUUACUUAUAUGAUGCCUUUAUGUGUUUUUUGGAGCAUCAACAUUUUGGCACCCAUUCACUUGCAUUGUAUGGACCUACAGAGCUGAAAUAUUCUUCUAAAAAUCAUAAUUUGUGUUUUGCAGA